AGCAGCAAGCUUCAUCUUUGUCUUGUAACUUGUAGGUUAUACUUAUAGGCAUUACAUUUAAUAAUAUUAUUAGUAUUUAGCGAUUAGAUUUUAGUUUUUAUCAGUACAAUUUUUACAAUCUGUUGAGCAUUUAUCAGUAAAACUACAGACAUGGAUAUAGCUGAACCACAAAACACACAGCAGAAAGUCAAAGACGAUGUUGGAGCACGAUGUCAGAAGUUGUUUCAGGACUUUUUAGAAGAUUUUAAAGAAGAUGGAGAACAGAAAUAUUUGGAGCCAGUACAGGAGCUCAGAAACUUUGAAAGAAGCACACUGGAAGUUAGCUUUGAGGAUGUUGAAAAGUACAAUCAAAGCUUGGCCACUUCAAUUAUCGAAGAGUUCUACAGACUCUACCCCUACUUGUGCCUAGCUGUUAAGAACUUCUCGGCAGACCGCGGCUGGACACCUUCGAAGGCCAAGGAGUACUAUGUGGCGUUUGUGGAUGUGCCCACCCGCCACAAGGUGCGUGAACUGACUACGGCCAAAGUGGGCUCAUUGGUGCGCAUAUCAGGACAAGUGGUGCGGACACACCCUGUGCACCCCGAGCUGGUGCUGGGUACCUUCACCUGUCUCGACUGUCAGACCGUCGUCAAGGGUGUGGAGCAGCAGUUCAAGUUCACUCAGCCGACUAUAUGCAGAAAUCCAGUGUGCAGUAAUAGACGCAGGUUUAUGCUGGACAUUGACAAGUCGACGUUCGUUGACUUCCAGAAAGUCAGAAUCCAAGAGACUCAGGCCGCUCCUCGUGGAUGUAUUCCUAGAAGUGUGGAGAUAAUCCUCCGCGAAGAGAUAGUGGAGUCUGUCCAGGCCGGAGAUAGGUUCGACUUCACAGGCACAGUGAUAGUGGUGCCGGACGUGAGUGCCCUGUCACUGCCGGGUGCCCGGGCCGAGAGCGGAGCCCACCAUAAGACGGGUGACGGCAACAAUGAAGGCAUAAGGGGCCUCAAGGCACUCGGAGUCAGGGACCUGAAGUAUAGGAUGGCCUUCUUGGCGUGCAGUGUCACGCCUACAAAUCCCAGGUUCGGAGGCAUGGGUGUGGAAAUGUUGCUAACCAAUGUGACGCCAGAGGUGAUGCGUCAUAACAUGAGCGAUGCCGAAUGGUCAAAGAUAUUCGAGAUGAACCGCGACAAAAAUCUCUACAACAACCUUAUCAACAGUCUUUUCCCUUCCAUACAUGGCAACGAUCAGGUCAAGAAAGGAGUGACUCUGAUGUUGUUCGGUGGUGUGCCGAAAGUGACAGGGGAAGGAACAACACUCCGCGGUGACAUCAACUGUUGUAUUGUUGGCGAUCCCAGCUGUGCCAAGUCACAAUUCCUCAAACAGGUGGCAGACAUGUGUCCGCGAGCCAUCUACACUUCGGGCAAGGCAUCAUCGGCCGCUGGAUUGACAGCGGCUGUGGUGAAGGACGAGGAAUCUUUUGACUUUGUGAUUGAAGCCGGUGCACUGAUGUUGGCAGACAACGGCGUGUGUUGCAUUGAUGAAUUCGACAAGAUGGACCAGCGAGACCAGGUGGCCAUUCACGAGGCUAUGGAGCAGCAGACCAUCUCCAUUGCCAAGGUGAGUGAAGGUAGCAACAUUGCCUGUAGAAACUCUGUACUCGUGAGUUCGUCCCCAUUGCAAAGGUAUGAGGCGCUAAAACAGUUACAACAAAAUAAAUCUUUAUUUUCUCAUUUCUAUAAUGAAUUUCAUCUAUAUUUUUCCUUUUCAGACAGUAGACUUUGCGAUAGCCGAGAAAUCAUCUCCCUCCACAGUAACAACGAACGUCACGCUGAUAUUGCCUACACACAGGACGAAGUUCUGCGCUACAUCACAUUCGCCAGACAUUUCAAGCCUUGUAUGGGAAAGGAAGCAGGAGAACUGCUGGUGAAAAUGUACACCAAACUUAGGAUGCGUGACGCGAAUUUCAGUUCCAAGGCCAUGUACCGCAUCACAGUCAGGCAGCUGGAGAGUUUGAUCCGUUUGUCGGAAGCUUUUGCCAAGCUCGAAUGUCUUGAUGAGGUCCAGCCCCACCACGUGAAAGAAGCUUACAACCUUCUGAACCGGUCCAUAGUUCGCGUAGAGCAACCAGACAUCGUUCUGGAGGCGGAGACUGAAGACGACCCGUCAUUGGCUGCCGCAGGUGACCACGCCUCCGUUGCCAUGGAAACCGACCAGGAUGGCGGCGGGGAGGGGGCAGACGACGACCAAUCAGAGGACGCCGCGUCGUCGCAAGCCAAGAAAAAGAAGAUGGCGCUCACGUUUGAAGACUACAAGGCGAUGACUGAUAUGCUGGUCGUCUAUAUGCGAAAGAAGGAGCUGGAGGCAGCUACUGAAGGAGAGGAAACGGAAGGUGUGCGACGUAGCGAGGUGGUAGCCUGGUAUCUGGAGCAGAUUCAGGAUCAAAUCGAUUCUGAAGAAGAACUGCUACAGAAGAAAAAUCUGGUUGAAUGCGUUCUCAAUAGGCUGGCUUUCCAUGACCAUAUCGUUAUUGAACUGGUUAAAACCGGUCUGAGAGGCGAAGAGCAUGAUGAGGAAGAUCCACUGCUCGUUGUACAUCCCAACUACAUUGUCAAUCUCUAAAUUAUCCCAUUAUCAAAACCUAAUCAUUAUUGAUUAUCAAUUAUUGUAAGAGUUAUGAGUGAAAGUGGACCAACUAUAAUGUCAAUCUCUAAAUUAUUCCAUUAUUAAAACCUAAUUAAUCAAUCAUUAUUGAUUGUCAAGUAUUGUAAGAAUUAUGAAUGAAAGUGAACCAACUAUAAUGUAAAUCUCUGAAUUAUUCCAUUAUUACAACCUAAUUAAUCAUUAUUGAUUAUUAGGUAUUGUGAGAAUUAUGAGUAAAAAUGGACCAACUACAUUGUCAAUCUUCAAUUUAUUUCAAUUUUUAAGCAUCAUUUAUUAAUUAAUCAUUAUUGUUUACUAAAUAUUGUAACAAGUAAGGAUUCAAGUAAACGAUUCAAUUUAUAGGUUUUUACUCGUUUGGAAAAGGUUUAUAAUAGAGAAAAGAUUGCUUAAAAGUAUUUUUCUCCCUCAGAAAAAUUGUUGCCCUCGGCUUCGCCUCGGGCUUCAAAAUUUUCCCUCAGUGAGAAAAAAACAGUACUUUUCACUCUAGAUAUACAAAUAACUGUUAUUGCAUUAUAUGCUAUUUUUUCUCCAUGGUUUUAUUGGACGGAAAAAUGCUUUGUUGACCACCUAGGCCCUGUUGCAUGAGAAACUACAAGCUUAUGUUUUUGUAAUUUUCUAUUCUAACAACCAGCUGACUCCUAAUAUUGUAGUUUGUAUUUUCUCAUGCAAUAGGCCCCUGUGGCAAUGUUCAAAAAAUACUAUGUGCCGGUUAAAUUUUAACUGUGAUUAAUUCCCGAGAACCAAUCAGAUAAGCCGUCUUUUCAAAAACGCCUUCUCUGAUUGGUUCUCGUGAAAUUAAUCACAGUUAAAAUUUAACCGCCUGUUGUGCAACCAGGCCUAUAUGGUAAUGUAAUAGAAUUCUAUAUAGGUAAGUAUUCUAGCUACAUGGCAUAUUCCAGUCUAUAGUAAUAUUUAUAUUGAACUGUCGGCAUUAGUGGUCCGAGAAGUAUCGGUGUUAUAAAUAAUACUGAGUGCUGGUUGCACAAAAGCCGGUUAAAUUUUAACCAUGUUUAAUUUCACGAGAA